AUGACCAGCAACACCGCCGUCCAGCUGCGGAUCUUCAACGCCCUGCAGCGCCCCAAGCUCGAUCCACGAGGAGCCCCAAACCACUGGCAUUUCGACAUCAGAGAAUUGCCCGAUGCUCCCGGCGAACUGGUCUUCCUGGCAAAUCCACACAGCCGAAAAUUCCACGGCGAAGGCCGAACCAAGAUCUCCGACCUUUCAAUCUCAAUGCAAGCCAAAGUUAUCGUCCCCCUACUACUGGAGGCAUUCGUCACGCAAUUCGACGAAGAUCCCGAGCAAUUAAUGAACGACGAGAAGCCAUUUGUUCCGUUCAGCUGGAGUACCGGCAACCCGGCCCUGGCGCGCGCUGUCUCUGCCAGGUGCAAGUCAAUUGGCAUCAGAUCUGAACUGUGCUCGGUUCAAGUGUCUGAUGCGAACACGGUCAGCAUUGCCGGAGAGUGCUAUGUGAAGUGGCGGAAGGAUAUCGAACAGGCUAUGAUGAUGUUCGGCUAUCCCGAGGAUGAUGGAGAGGCUAAUGUUGAGUGGGAAGGUGGUUGUGAAUAUUGCCAUUUCACUCCGUCGCUUGACAAGCCGCUGUUCCCUUGUGGCGAGUGUGAUGGAGUGGUUUACUGUUCGACUGAAUGCCAGAAAUUGGAUGCCAAAUUCCACGGCGAGAUGCCAUUUGACUGA